AUGUUACCCAAAGAGCCGUGGAAAUGCCUAUUAGCAAACACGCCGCUGCAACAUGACUACAAUGCGACAAGUACCGUAGAAUCGUGCAAUAAUAGACAAAGUGCCAAGAAGAAUGCGCGCUCGCAUCGGAGAACAAACAAAGCUAUCGCUGGUUAUUCACUGAAUUUAUCAGAAGAAGAAAAAUCUGAAAAUACUACAAGCGCAAACCUCAGAAGCUUCGAGGGUUCUAUACCCGAAAAAGAUGAUUUUGUUGCAGUUGAGUACGAUGGUGAUUACUGGUCGGGGCAGGUUAUAUCUGGAAUUGGAAAAUUGCCUAGUGAAAUACGUAAGGAUGUUGAAAAGCCAUACAUGAAUUCAUACAGAAAAAUGCAUUCUAAAAUUAGAUCGUUCUACAGUUGUGCAUCUAAGAAGGAAAUACGUGGUGAUGAGAGCGACGUGGAUGAUUCAGAUGCAGAUCCAGAUUUCAUCAACAAGCAUCCCGCUAGUUACAAAAGUUCAACGAAGACUUAUAUCAUCUUAAUGAACGAGGAGCAGACAGAAAAGGCAAAAAAGAAAACAAAAAUGUGGUAUCUGGCCUACUAA